CUCAGGAUCUGCCGCCGUUGAGUCGGCCAUGGUAACGUCCAUUUAGUUGGCAGUAUUAAAUUCCAGACAAGUGCUCUGUCUCGAACCAAGUUGCUGCUCAACUGAAGCUCAAUUUUUUUCAACCUGGACCUUUUUUUCUUCGGUUUUUUUUCUUCCCUCAGCCUUGCAGAGAGUCCCGCCUGGGUCCCGCUGUGGGGCUGCUAAAGGUACAUACAUUAGUGGGGCAGGUGGGCCUGCCAAAGGACCGGGACCCAUUUACGCCAAAAUUCACGAACCAGGUUCAACAGACGCGUCUCGAAGUUAUCACUAAAUUCCUCGACGGCGAUGAAUGGAUGGAACUACAAUAAAGCAAGAUGGUGUCUCUUGAGGACGUAAGCGGAAGCUUACUGCAGAAGCCAUCGCGUGAGGCGCCGGAUGUGCCUGAGCGGAUCGAUUCGAGCUACAAGCCACUCAGCACCUUUACCCUGCCCACGGACAGGAAAUACCAGCAGCAAUAUGCAGACAUAUACUUCCUGCGGCUGACAAAGAUAAGGCCUGCUGUCGAAGGGGUUGCCGCCGCUGCCUGGGAUGAUACCGUUAUUGGCGGUGAGGAGGCGAGGAAGGUUGAACGGGUCUUGGACGUACGCCAGGGCGAGCUCUGCUGGGUUGUAGGGACGGUGUACAUGGACAUGCCGCUCAAGCCCAAUAUCUUGGAGGAUAUUUCCAAAGAUCGCUGGAUUUCAGCUCCUACCACUGCCCAGCGGUACUUCUCUACAGAGAACCAGGAUGCUGUCAUGCUGGAGGAUGACUCGGGCCGCAUACGGCUUGUUGGGGACGUCUUUAAGAAAGUCCUUCUGGUGACGGGGUGCAUCAUUGCUGUUCUCGGCGUCGAGAACAUCAAUGGGGAGCUCGAGGUCAUUGACAUCAAGUUUCCGGACCUGGCCCCCCAGCCGGGCCGCUGGGAGUUGUCUAAGCCUUCUACGGAGUCCGGUGCCAGGCCCACGAAACGGGAGACCAAAUCGCGGGACGAGGACGUCGAGAUGACCGAGGCCCGCGCGGGCGGCAACGGAGGCAAGAUCGCGAUUGUGUCGGGACUGGAGUUCUCGGGGGCGGACACGUCGUAUGCGAUGGAGCUGGACCUCCUACUCGAGUAUCUACUCGGCGAAGCCCUUGACCCGACCACCCAGAACGAGCUGUCGCAUAUCAGCCGACUCAUCGUCGCCGGCAACUCCGUGUCGGCGGAUGGCAAGCCAGACGUCGAGGGCGGCGCGGACAAUAAAGCGAUCAAGAAGUACGGCUACGAUAGCAGCUCGUACAACCCCGUGCCGAUCCAGCUCCUUGACGACUUCCUGGCCGAGCUCCUCAUGGCAAUGCCCGUCACGCUCCUGCCCGGCGUCAUGGACCCGGCGAACUCGAGCUACCCCCAGCAGCCGAUACAUACGGCCAUGUUCUCCAAGGCCAGGGCGUUCACCGCCGCCCCGGGCUCGUCCGAACCGGGCUGGUUUGACACGGCCACAAACCCGUGGGAGGCCGAGGUGGACGGGUGGAGGAUCCUGGGGACGGGAGGCCAGAACGUCGAGGACAUGGCCAAGUACGUCGAUAGUGACGACAGGCUGGGCAUGAUGGAGGCCAUGUGUCGGUGGCGGUGCUCGGCGCCUACGGCACCAGAUACGCUAUGGUCGUACCCCUUCCAAGACGACGAGCCGUUCGUCAUGUCGUCGUGCCCGCACCUCUACUUCGUCGGCUGCCAGCCCGAGUUCGGGACGAAGGUCAUCCAGGGGACCGACGGCCAGGCGGUCCGAGUCAUCGCAGUGCCGUCCUUUUCAGAGACGAGGGAAAUAGUUCUGGUCGACACCGAGACCUUGGAUGUGACCAAGGUGAAGAUAUCGGUGCCCAGUUAGGUCACGUUGACUGCGCCGACACACGCGAGUAGUCCAGAGGUCGGGAGCGGCUUGGAGGUAUCUGGGAUUCUGCGAAGGAGACGACGUCUCACGAAGUGUAUGAUUCACGAAUCUAGACGCCUUCUAUCGGGCUAAAAAAUAAGGGAAAAAGAGACAAACUCAGAUCAGGAGAGCGUGUCCAGUCGUCCUAGUGGCUCCCCCAAGUUAUACGCGGAAACCUUUCCUCCCCAGUCUCCCAUCCCGAUCCUUAGUAAGCGAUGUAUGCGUGCAACCUACCACGCACCCGACUGACGCAGAAGAAGCGGUGUCGCUUGGCCCGCGACCCCUCCCGGGUAUGCCCUCCUCGACCUCGAUGACCAGGGAGGCCGGGAGGGCGGCGGCGCUGGCGAGCGUGGUCGGGGCGGUUGUCAUUGCGGCGCCGUAGGCGGGGCCGAUGAGGUGGUCCUCCACG